GGCUCUCAUUGCGUUUUCUGUGCAGUACUGCGUGUGUGUGUGUGGAAGCCGCGUUUGUCGGCUACUGAAGUCUGCCUCUAGAUUUUAGCGGGUCGUGUCGGCUGUUUUCCAACUAUUAUUUGUUGACUGGCGAUCCCGGGCCAGUGUGCCAUGCUGUGCUACUUGUUCUUGAUGGCGAUUCUUGGCGAGGUUACAGUGGGAGACCCGUUGUCGUGCCCUGUUGUCGACGACACGGGCGCUACCUUGUGCUGCCAGUCACGCAACACAGAUGGUGCAGGAAAAUUGGCUGGAGGCGAGGAGUGCGUGCAGUAUCUUCCCCGUGAGUCCCUGAGGCUGGCAAAAAGUGCCUUGUCUAAAGAGGAAUAUCUAGCACUUGAGGAACGCUUUAAGGAAACUCCUAAAGUAGACAGGUCUGAAGACUGUUGCUGUAGAGAGGAUAGAAAUCUCACGCUGCCCGUAAUCGCCACUACACCUGCCGGAGAGAACUUCACAGUGGUGCAAGACAUACAUGGGUAUAUGCAACCUGUCUUGGCGGGUUUUUGUACACAGCACACCUGCUCCCUCCCUGGCCCUCGCUCGGAGACAGUAGAAUGCUUCCAGAAAAUGAAAAUGCAAGAUCUGUAUGCCGAAGACCCGUUAAAUUCCAGUGUACUGAGACUGGUGAAGGCCUUGGUACCAAGUGGGUGUCAGUGUCGUGUGUCUGGUAAAGACCCAAAGUCUGAAUUAGAGACUGUAACACAGGAAGACGACGACGCUGCCACAACUAUUAUUACCGAAGGACAAUCUUGGGAAGAUCUGCCCUCACUGUUUCAGAUCUCGGAUAUAAGUUCUUGGAUAAACCAAUUGUUUAGGUCGUCUCCCUCGCUCGGCGAACCAUCGCCCAACACGCAUGGAAAUAAACUGGUAACGUCAAGCGUAGCAACGAAUGGUUUGGCGGGCGGCGUUACCCGUGAUGAUGAGCCUGCUGGUGACCCGGUGACCACCCCACACACUGUGGCUACUGAUUAUACAACCCACGAGUCUGACCCCUAUAAUCUGGAGAUGACGAGACAUAAACCUACUGAAGAUCUGGAAGAUAGUGCUUACUUCACCGUUGGCGACUUUGAACAGUAUCUCAAGAAUUCAGAUACUGUUAAAACUGAUAAAUUUGUUCGGGAAGAUGAACUAUCAACAAAGAUGCCCGUCAACAUUGCACCACUAGUGCUAAACGCGCCAAAUCCCUCUUCCCCGACGCCAGAAACUCGGGCAAUGAUUGUACAGAUGAUGAAUAUUAAUAUAGAGAAAUUAAAAAUUAUAAAAGAUUUAGUAAAUAUGGCACAUGAGAAAGCGCCAUUGCCAUCUUUGCAUGUACCAGAUGGAGCAGACAGCAGUGGCGAGGCGGCGCCUCUCAUUGUCAGCAAGGAAGGAAAUUGGCACAAAAAAUUAAAGAUGACGGAUAAUAAAAUAACCGAGAGAGAUAAUUAUGAUCCUUUGCACAUAAAUCUUUCAAACAAAUUGAAAGGUCAUUCCGUUACUUUAAUUGCGAAUUAUAUUUUGCAAGAGAUGUGGCAAGAUUCCUCUUGCACGGUGCCAGAGAAUAUCCCUCAGUUGAGUUUGACCGAAGAUAUUGCGUGGGCGUCUGGUGUGGAGGAUAACAUGGCUUCCUUAGCUGGGGUUCUGGUCACGGCGAUAUGCAGCUGCUACCGGGUGGACCUCCACGCUGACCUCCUGGAUGGAACCCUGGCCAAGAUAGUGAUGGUCAGCGUCAAGGCGGCCACCCUCGUCAAGGACCACUUGGCACAGCUUGAUAAGGUGAUGCAGUCCGUCGUCGGCUCGGUGGAGACGCAGCAGAGCGUGGCGCUCCUCAGAUGGGCAUCUGGGAGAGCUGUUCAGCGGGUACCCAAAGUCACCACUUCACCCCCUCCCUCUACGACUGGCAAGAAGACCAAGAGUAAAACUUCGACACGUUCAACACAGAAAGAGGUCACAAGCGUGACGCCUUCGUCAUCGCCCGGUAUUCUGAAGGAUGAGAGAACCGAAGUAUUCGGCACAAUUGGGACAGCUAAUGGGACUAAAACAGAGGGAACUAAUGUAACUAAAGAAAUAUAUCGGUCCACUGAAACUAGCAUGAGAAGAACCACUCGAGGAACAGAAGUAAAGGUUAACGGCACAAGGGAUGGCUCCACCACCGCCACAACCGUGGAAACAGAGGCCGGUAAUUAUGAGAAAAAGGGAGCUGCAUCAAUGGUAGAUGUUGUGACUGGGAGCACGGCGGGUGUGACUGGGGGCAUCGAGGGUGUGACUGGGAGCACGGAGAUUGUGACUGGGAGCACGGAGGUUGUGACUGGGAGCACGGAGGUUGUGACUGGGAGCACGGAGGUUGUGACUGGGAGCACGGAGGGUGAGAUUGUAGGUACGGAGGGUGAGAUUGUAGGUACGGAGGGUGAGAUUGUAGGUACGGAGGGUGAGAUUGUAGGUACGGAGGGUGAGAUUGUAGGUACGGAGGGUGAGAUUGUAGGUACGGAGGGUGAGAUUGUAGGUACGGAGGGUGAGAUUGUAGGUACGGAGGGUGAGAUUGUAGGUACGGAGGGUGAGAUUGUAGGUACGGAGGGUGAGAUUGUAGGUACGGAGGGUGAGAUUGUAGGUACGGAGGGUGAGAUUGUAGGUACGGAGGGUGAGAUUGUAGGUACGGAGGGUGAGAUUGUAGGUACGGAGGGUGAGAUUGUAGGUACGGAGGGUGAGAUUGUAGGUACGGAGGGUGAGAUUGUAGGUACGGAGGGUGAGAUUGUAGGUACGGAGGGUGAGAUUGUAGGUACGGAGGGUGAGAUUGUAGGUACGGAGGGUGAGAUUGUAGGUACGGAGGGUGAGAUUGUAGGUACGGAGGGUGAGAUUGUAGGUACGGAGGGCGUGACUUGGAGCACAGAGAGUGAGACUGUGACUGGGAGCAAGGAGGGUGAGACUGGGGGCACGGCGGGUGAGAUUGGGAGCACGGCGGGUGAGACUUGGGGCACGGCGGGUGAGACUUGGAGCACGGCGGGUGAGACUUGGGGCACGGCGGGUGAGACUUGGAGCACGGCGGGUGAGACUGGGAGCACGGCGGGUGAGACUUUGUUCAUGGAUGCUGUGCCUUGGGGCAUGGAUGUUGAGCCUUGGGGCAUGGAUGUUGAGCCUUGGGGCAUGGAGGUUGAGCCUUGGGGCAUGGAGGUUGAGACUUGGGGCAUGGAGGGUGCGACUGGGAGCACGGCGGUUGAAACUGGCAGCACGGCGGUUGAGACUGGGAGCACGGCGGGUGAGACUUGGGGCAUGGAGGGUGCGACUGGGAGCACGGCGGUUGAGACUGGGAGCACGGCGGGUGAGACUUGGGGCAUGGAGGGUGCGACUGGGAGCACCGUGCCACAGCCAGAUUGGGUAGCAGCAGCACCAGCAACAGCAUGGUCAACAGAAGAUAAUAUAAGCACGCUCACCAGUUCUGAAGUUUUACAUGCGGAACCGUUAUUCACUCCCACGCCGCGGCCGCGGCCGACAAGCAUGUGGACCACCAUUGGUAAACACAACCUAGAGGAAUAUAUGCCUGCGCCCUUUGGCAUAGAUGUACUUUCACAAAUUAUGUUCUCAAAGUUGAAAAAUUGAAACUUUUUAAAUUUUAGUGAAAACCGAUAAGAACCUUCCUGAACCAAUUACGUAGGAUUUAAGAUUAUUGUAAACUAUAUACCAAUGUAGUACAAGAAUGUAGGAACUUUUGUAUAUAUAAAUAAAUAAAUAAAUGCAAAAUUAAAUUUUGUUCUAGUGUAGGCCUACUACUAGAACAGAUUUAAAUUUUAUAAAAAAAAUUUAGGUUAAUAUGAAAAAUCGGUUUAUUAAAAUUUUCUUCAACUUCUAAUAA